AUGACACCGCCGCAUAAAAAGCAUAGAUUGAGUGAAAUUAAAGCCAAUAUUCAGCUAGUUAUAGGGAGUUUGGGGCAACUGGAGCAACAGAGCAGCGGGUCAGGGCGCAAUUUCGAUGAGCACCUGGCGGAGGAACUGCAGCGGAGCACGGCAACCCUGCUGGAUGAACUUGAUCAAGUGCCGGCCCAACAAGUAGUUGACGAACAAAAACAAAGAAAACGCCGGCGACGCUUAGACAGACGAAGCAAACGGCGGGUGAAACUUGCAUCCAUCAAAUCUGAGCCCACAGAACAGAAGUACUCAAUAGAACCGCCCCGGAAUCCCGCACUGAAACAGGCGGAACACAUAUCCCUGCGCAAGCAACGGGAUGCAGCCUCUAUUUUGGAGACCUUCGACCUUCUGGAGAAACUAUGCGAAUCUCGUGGGGGAGACAAAGCUGCCCUUAGCCAAAAACUAACCCACAUGCGUCGUGUUUGGCGAAGAGUCCAAGAGGAGACUCAAGCUGGCAAUGUCAAGGAGUCCAAGAAGGUGGCUUCACUCGAAUCUCAAUGGAAGGCUGUGUUCUUCGGCCCAUCUAUGCCAGCGACUAAAGUGAAUAAGGGGAAAUUUCUUGAAAUUCGCUCCACAUGGGAUUCUUACAUAAGCUACUGCGGCAGGGGCUCCUGUAUACCCAGAGGAUGGGUGCUGCCACCAACAAAGCCAACAGCUCAGUGGGCGACCUACCGAUGUACCACUUAGAACACUUUGACUUUUACUACCUUAUGGAGACCGUGAAAAGCAUACCAAACCCCACAUCCCACAUAAAAAAGCAAGAUUAUCUACUAA